GAAGAGGGAAUGAGGGCGAGAGAGAAAUGAAACAGCUGCUAGAAUUACGGCUUCAGCCAGCGAAAUAAACCACAAAGUUGCUGAAAAAUCUAAGUUAAAACAAAAGCUGUAGUAACCGGGCAAAUGUUUUAAACACGUCUUUAAGAGAAUCCUGGGAAUCUUAGCUGCCUGCUGAAAGACAUUUUACAGGGAGUCUGAAUGACAUUUCGGGUUUUUACAUGCUUGGAGUAACAAAGGAAUUCCCUGGAAGAGAAAACGAAACUUUACACGCAUAUUUAACGCGAGGAUCCUGUUGCCGUGGCUGACACCCUCCGAACAGCUCCAGCCCGCCCUCCCCUUACUGUGAUUUUGUACACUGGGAGCCGUGAAAAUAACAUUUUCAUAAAAAGAGAAGCAUUUCCGGCAAAAUACACACGCCUCUACGAGCACUGAUGUCAACACUGGGAUGAAAGGAGGACCAGGUGAGAGCUUUACUCGCGCAGGGCUCCCCAAUCUCGGCGGCUUCGUGACCCCAGCUCCUCGGGAGCCCGUUCUCCUCACCCGAGAACUUGCUCCAAGUUUAGUCCGGAGUGUUUAGCGUCAACAUCAAGCGAAACCCCACCGAGACGCUGCAGGGAUCUCUGCGGUGAUGGCCAAGAGUCGGUCUCCAGAUACUAAACCCAGAAUCUGGACCAAGUUCGCGGAGUAUGUAGGCUCCUUCACUGUGGAGGAUCGAGAUCUUGAAAGAAUGACAUGGCGCAUUCAUCAACAGCUUCGUUUUCUGAAGAAGUUUCCUCGAAAAAUGGCAGUAAUACUGAAAUUCUCAUCACAAGGAAUAAAGAUGUACAAUGAAAAUAAAGAGAUACUAUUGAUGGCUCAUGCCCUGAAAAGAAUCCUGUAUACCACGUGCCACCAUUCAGAAUGCCAAUUCGCCUUUGUCACCCGCAACCCCUACAGACCACCAAGUGAGCUCUUCUGCCAUCUGUUUGUCACCGCACAGCCAAAUGAGGCAAUAAUUCUCAAUUUGCAGCUGUGCCGGAUGUUCCAGGUUGCUUACUGCAUGAAAUAUGAAAAAGAGCAAGAGUGCAGUGCACCUGUCAUUAAUUGCACUAAUCAAGAAACUGUCUUGGAACCAAGCUCCCCAGUACUUUCCACAAAACAUGUGAAAGAGCGUUAUGGGGAUUUGGAGGUUUCCCUGAAUGUCAGUGCCUUGGUGACCUUUAGGAGAAUUCCGCAAGAAGAGGAAAUCAGAUCAAAAGAAGUUGUAAAGCAAAGCGAACAGGAUUCAGAGGAAACCUUUAAAAGUGAAGAAUGUGGAUAUCCUACAAGUAGUCCAAAUGCAUAUGAUCCUUCAAGUGGACCUAAGGCCCAAACAAAAGAAUUGGAUCCACUGGAAGAAUGUCCAUACUCUUCAUUAACACUGGUACGAAAGAAAGCUAUACGUAACAAAGGAAUCAGGUCAGGAGCUUACAGGAGCUCUACCUUCAAGAGACAAUUUCAGCAAGCACUUGCAGAUGGCUACAGUUGCAGGUGGGGAGAUGAACUCCUGGAAUCUUGGAAAGCACUUGCUCCACUACAGCAUGAAGAACUCCUAAUGGACACUGUCUGGGCCAGUGCUGGGAUACCCAGGGAUUCUGCUAUAGAACUUUUAAAACGUGAUGUUCUGGGAGCUUUCUUACUUUGGGUGAAUCCUGGCCCUCUGAAGUGCUGGACACUGAUGAUGCGGACCCCAUUUGGUGUAAUAAACUACAUGAUUUGUAAAAAUGAUGAAGGCAAAUAUUAUCUUGAGCAUCUGAACACAGAAUUCCCCAGCUUAAGAGCCCUGAUAGAACAUUACACAACAAUUGAUGAUGGUCUAUUUUGUUGCUUAAGUGCUUCAAGGAUAAACCAUUGUUAUGAAGAACAGGAUUCUAUGGAAUAUGAUGGCUUGUCCCCAGCUCAAACCAAACCUGAAGGGAGGUUGCUUCAGACCAUCGAGUAAAUCAUCCAUAAGCUAUAAAUGUUUGUUUCUGCUGGUCAUAACAAAAGACUCCCUGCAGAUUAUGAUGUGCACAUGUUUUAGGAAAUUCAGCCGUUAAUAAACUUGAAUUUACCACAGACAGCUUCUUGAGGAUUAGUAAUAUUAUUCACUUUUGCAGCUGUUCUAGAGUGACACUUUAUACAGUAGCAUGCUGUAAUAAUUGUACUUGCUUAUAACUUUAACUAGAUAUGUGUUUUAUCAAUCUUUCCAAAGCCUGACUGAGUUGACAUGAUGAGGUAAGAUAGAGAUGUUGCUUUAUUUCACUACAGGUAGACAUUGAUAGCAACAGUUAUAAUCAGAUUAGUAUAAAGUAAUUCAAUUGAUAGAAAAUAUUUAUUUCAUAAUUGUAACAUAAUGUUGCAGAUUCCCCACACUGAGUAAUCUUUAUGUAAUGUGAGCUAGGUGUUUUGAGCAUCUCAUAUAUUUAAAUUUCACUAUCAGUAAACAGCUUCUCAGCUUCAUCUUAAUAAAUACAGUGGAUUCUGGUUAAUUGGACCACAUUGGGACCAGAACAUUCUGCCCAUUUAAGUGGCUGCCCCAAAUAGCUGAAGUUUCAUAGAAAUAGUUAAAAAGGAAUAAAAAAGACAAACUACCAUUUAAUUAAGUAACAAAUUUAAAUGGUGGAAUGCUCAGAUGCAGCUGCUUCUAUGGGGCUAACUGAAGGUGCUAUUGUCUUUUUAAAAUAUGUGUUAUAAUUGCCAGACCCUGCUGCAUAUUAAGAACUUAAAGUAUGACCGGUCAACCCCAUCAGUGAGUUAGUUGCUCAUUGGCAGAGAAGCUGGAGCUGGUGGGGAUCAGGUUGGUGCAUGAUGAAGGCAGUGUGCAGUCUAAUAGUGAGCGAUCAUCUUAGUCACUUUUCUUUUGAUUGGAAGACAUUGUUGGACAUUGGUAAUGUGGAAUGCUGCAAGUCUGAUUCACUGUUUUAUUGGUGAACGGCAGGCAGCUGCGUGGCCUCAGUCACAGUGAGGACUAAGCCUCAAACACAAGCGUCACCUGUUUGCAGCCAUUCAUGAGAGAGGGAUUGAAGUCAGUGCACUUCACUGGAGUGCAGGAGGCAUGGUGUCCAUGCUGGAGUUGGUGCUCCUCUUCAGUAUUUGCUUGGCCAAAGAUAAGAUAGAUCAUGUUUGACUGCAAACUGCUGCAACAUUCAUGGAUUCAGAGACUUGGACUAUAUAUUUCUUUGUGUGUGACUAUGUUUUAUUGCUGCCUUGUAUAUUCUAUAUGGUCUUUGUGCUGUGAAUGACUGUUGGUACUGUGUUUUGCACCUUGGCCCCAGAAUGACACACUUUCAUUGAGGUGUAUUCAUGGAUAUUCAUGUAAGGUUGAAUGACAAAUAAAUGUAAACUUGACCUUGAAAUUAUGUAUUUAAAUGAAAUACAGAACAGAUUGUCUAAAUGAACAAAAUCAGCGCAGACACCUAGUGCAGAUAAAGGACAGCUUUCAAACAAUUCUUUCAAGUGCAUCCUCCAAAUCUUCACUUCCAUUAUAAAAAUCAAGAUGAAUUUCAAUAUCUUCAAAUUCUUUGCAGCCCCUGACUCACUGAAGUAGUGAAAUCAUUUCAUUUUCAUUUCUGACCAUUUCUGGCGUCUGUAAGCCUGUAUGCUUGAAACAACAGUGAGCAAAAUAAUUCUGCAUUAUCUUACUGUUGAAUACUCACCAAUUAUUAGUGACAAAAAUCACAGCUUUUUGAACAUAAACACAUGCAAGUGGCGCUAUCUAAAGGCUAUUUGCUCUGAGCAUGGUGUAGUGUCUAUUGACCACAUGUGACUGAGGCUAGUUAGAAACUGUUCACCAAUAAAGCGUGUUAGCGGCCCAAUUAAAUAAAGGAAAUCCCGGCUAUUGGUUUAUUUUUGUUCUGUCAGAUAAGUGGCUACCUUGAUAAACUAGAAUCCACUCUAUUAACUCUCUUUUCUUUAAAAAGAUGGGAUAUUUGGUCCUGUGCCCUUGUGUUGCCUGUUUGUCAUUAGACAAAACUGAAAAAGAUCAAUGGAUUUUACAGCACAGGCUGUGCUCCCACCUGAGCAGAGUCUAAUUGGAAUAUUUUCAAUAUUUCGUGCAGUUAAAGAACAUAAAUAAUAAUUUAAUUUUCUAAUGUUUUCCCCCAAAACACGAUCAAACCUUCAAAAACGUGCCAGUAAACUUUAGGUUACUGGAGACGCAAGAGGUAGCAGAUGCUGGAAUCUUGGGGCAAUUACCAAUCGGGGGGGGGGGGGGAAUUCAGCAGCUCAAGCAGAAUCUGCAGUGGGUUACUUUGUGUUGUAUCUGCCUGUAAGGAGACAAAUGUCAAGGUUGUAUAAUGUGCACAUACUUUGAUAAAUGUACUUUGAACGUUGGAAAGGAGCUGCUGAUGUUUCAAAUCGAAACCCUGCAUCAGUAUUGUCAAAUGUCAAAAAUUCCUUUCUCCUUUCUGCUCUAGCCACUGAGCUCCCACAGCAGAUUGUUUGCAACUUCACAUUAUUAUUAAUUAAACAAGUGGCCAAAUAAGGAGCAUUGAACAGCCUUGUCAAGUAUUCAUACAUGUGUAAAAGCAAGUAGUAUUAAUAAUAAUUCAAUUUAAUUUCUGUAUUAGCAAUCUCCUUGCUAGUUUUAAAUGACUAUAAUGAAUUUAUUUAAUUUUCUAGUGAAAAUCAGUUUUAGUAAAGCUGGUCAAGCAAUAGUACUCUUGUUCAUUUUGCCUUCACUAAAAUUAUGACAUUAAUUUUAGUUUAUGUAUUAUGAUUCCUAAUAUAAAUGCAGUAUUAAUGUACAAGUAUUAAGUCAUCUGAGUUGUUUACUUUUUAAAUGUUUGCUCUUAAAGACCCAGGAUAAUGUGGGCUAAUUGUUCCUCACUAUUUUUGGCUGACUGUGUGAUUUCAGAGAAAAUCGAAUCUGGUUUAUUAUCAUUGACAUUGGUCGUGAAAUUUGUUGCUUUGUAGCAGCAGUACAGUGCAAUACACAAAUUACUUUACAAUAAGAAAUAUAAAAAAUUAAUAAAUAGUUGAGAAAGAGAGCAAAAUAGUGAGGUAGUGUUCAUGGACCAUUCAGAAAUCUGAUGGUGGAGGGGAAGAGACUAAAUGUUCUAAAACAUUGAGUGUGUAAAAAAAAAGUGCCGUAUUUUGCUAUUUGACUUAAGAUAUGUACUUGUGUGUUAUAACUAUACAUUUUGUAUUUUAAAGUUGCGUAUAUUUUAUAUAGUAGUCAUGGAAAAUUGUAUAAUAAAGAGAUAUGAACAGUGA